AAAACUUCAAAAACAUACAACACCAGGUAUUCGCUGGUCGUCACCGACCCAACUACUAAUCCGGCCCUCAUUGGCUUAUCUAUGGGAGAGCGGACGGGAUCCCGAGUUUUCCAAUGGGUAUGGUCGUAUGUGAUGGUCGAUGAUCGUGAAGCAGUUGAUAUAGGCAGUUGCAAGUUGUGGAAGCUGGAUGUGGCCGCACUUCUGGCUGCACGGUGCCGCUUAAGCUGCAGGCAAACGAUAACCCCGUCCAACGAACCUUAUACAAGUAAGCGCUCAUGUUGA